AGAAGGAAAACAAAAAAGAGAGCUAACACCAAAGAUACCAAACACACAAAAAAGAAAGAAAGAGAGAAAGAGAGAAAGAAAGACUUUCUUUACCUUGAGACAAAGCCUUAUGGUCCAAAUGUGUGCGGUUUUACUGCUAUGUGAAGUUUGAAGUCGCUACAAUAUCCAACCUAAUACCAAGGCUUUGAAGGCGUUUUUCCUCAAUGUUGGAAUAGUUACUGCUGCAUGUUGCCUUUGCUUUCAUUGCACGUUUCCAAUAGCCCCAAGCAAAAUCCCUACCUUGGCUCUUUUACAUACCGACCCGACUCAUCCUGUUUCUCUAGUCAGCAGAGGGUGACAUGAAGAUGACAGAGAAAUACAACAAACUCACCCGUGUGAGUGAGAUGCGUACAUGAGAUACACUGGCAGACAGCCGUUCUCCUCUCCUGGACCAGUCAUCAUGACACUCGGCAGGCUACUCCACUAUGGCAUCUACCUGGCAUGGACCCUGCUGGCUGGGUUACUGGUCCACCUGUCCACUUGGGAGAUGCCUCCGGACCUGCCUUUCGUUUAUGUGAUCACCCCGACUUACAGGAGGCCCACGCAGAAGGCAGACCUGACCCGCCUGGCCAACACCUUGGGCCAGGUGCCCAACCUUCACUGGAUCGUUGUGGAGGACUCCGACAAACGCUCGCCAAUGGUGGCUGGAGUCCUGUCCAGGUGCAGGGCACCGAGCACCCACAUGAACGUACCCAUGCCAUCGUACUGCAAGCCGCACUGUGUGGCCCGGGGCACGGAGCAGAGGAACAUGGGCCUGGAUUGGCUGAGGAAGAACAGAGGCCCAGUGGACUCUGGCGUAGUGUACUUUGGAGACGACGACAACGCAUACGACCUGGAGGUUUUCGAAGAGAUACGUUCCACCAAGCGAGUGUCGGUGUUCCCGGUGGGCCUCAUUGCAGGCCGCUGGUACGAAAGGCCGAAGGUCCGUGAUGGGAGAGUAGUGGGCUGGUACACAGGCUAUGGUGGACGGAAAUUCUGCAUUGACAUGGCAGGCUUUGCGGUCAAUCUGCACGUACUCCUGGCCAAGCCCAAUGCUCGAUUCGUCAUGAAGGGGGUCGGGGGAGUGCAGGAAACUGACUUCCUCAGUUUGCUGACCAAGGUGGAGGACCUGGAGCCAUUAGCAAACAACUGCACAAGGGUUUUGGUUUGGCACACACGCACACAACCAGCCUACGUAGGUAAACAUGUAAAAGAUGAAACAUCCAUCGAGGCGUGAGGACGUCACUCAUUUGCAGUAUUUUAAUAAUUCCAAGGCACAAAUCCUAUCAGUAAAAUACAAGGUAUCUCAACUACUGUUCCUUUUUAAGUCUUGAAAUAUUUAUUCUCAAGCCUUUCAUGAUGCAAUGCCCUUAUGACUUAGUAUGCUUUACUCAUUUUCCUAUAUUUUUCAUUUAAUUUUAUGAGAUAUUUUUAGUUUCACCUG